AUGGGGCACAUCGAGUGGGCCAUGUGGGCCAACGAGCAGGCGCUGGCGUCGGGCCUGAUCCUCAUCAGCGGGGGCAUCGUGGCCACUGCUGGUCAGUUCACCCAGUGGUAUUUUGGGGCAUACUCCAUUGUUGCGGGGGCCCUGGUCUGCCUGCUGGAGUAUCCCCGCGGGAAGAGGAAGAAGGGUACCACCAUGGAGCGCUGCGGACAGAGAUACAUGACGCCUGUCGUGAAGAUGUUCGGCCCGCUCACCAGGAAUUACUAUGUCCGGGCCUUCCUGCACCUGGCGCUGUCCUUGCCCGCUGGUGUCCUGCUCGCCACCAUCCUGGGGACCGCCUGCUUGGCCAUCGCGAGUGCCAUUUACCUGCUGGCGGCCAUCCGAGGGGAGCAGUGGACCCCCAUCGAGCAGAAGCCCCGGGAGCUGCCACAGGUGGGCGGAACCAUCAAGCAGCCGCCCACUAACCCCCCGCCACGCCCCCCAGCCGAAGCCCGCAAGAAGCCGAGUGAGGGGCAGGAGGAGGAUGCAGCCAUGGGGGGCUCCCCAGGCGGUGCCCAGACCAACCCCCUCCCGGUGACCGAUGAGGUGGUGUGA